AUUUGGAAAAGAGAAUUGUGAGUUUGCUUGGAAGAGAAAGAAAUGGAAGCAUGCACUCAUGGAAUAGAAUAGAAUAGAAGAGAAGAGAAUCUGGAAUGGUGUCGCUGUAAGUGCGUGUGCGUGUGUCACUUUCGUUCUCUCGGGAGAACAAACCAGAAACAAACCCAUUCCCUUUGUAGUGUUGCUUCCUUCCAUCGUCUUCCUUCGAUGCUAUGCUCCCUCUCUGUUCCCAAACGAAAAGUACAAUUCUUCCUUUCCCUUUCGCCAGCCCCACUCCACACGUUCUCAAUGCCAACCCAAACCCCAAAAUGUCUCUAUCUUUUAGUGGGGUAACCCUUCCUCUCCCUCUAGGGUUCACCCCUUUUUCAGUUUCUGUGGCCUCCUUCAAAUCAUUCCUUUUUUUUGUUCACUUCUUCAUAAUUCUUCACUCACCCUUUUCUUUUUUUGUCACCCUUUCACCACAAUUUCCUCCUCAAAAUCCCAAUUCCUCCCCUCCUUGUCACUAGGGUUUGUGUUUCUUUCUUCUUCUUUCUCAAAGUUUCCACCUUGGAGCCACAUUGACCUUUCCUUUCUGUUUUUUAAUCUCUUUUAGCUUCUUUACUGUUCAAGCAUGGGGUGUGUCCAUGGCAAGUGCUGUACCCGUUACCCUUCACCGUCAGUGGGUGGCUCCAGGGACUUCAGAGAACUUGGCCCUUAUGGUACCCAGAGGAAGCACAUUCUCACUCAGAGUUCACUGCAGUUUGUUCCCGUUCCUUCCCAUAACUUCACUUUAGAAUACUCUGUGCUCACUCAGAGAGGGUACUAUCCUGAUUCACCUGAUAAGGAAAACCAGGAUAGUUUCUGCAUUAGGACACAGUUCCAAGGUAACCCAAGUGUCCAUUUCUUCGGUGUUUAUGAUGGGCAUGGCGAAUUUGGUGCCCAGUGUUCGAACUUUGUUAAGGAUAGGUUGGUGGAAAAUUUGUCAAGUGACUUUGCAUUGUUGGAGGACCCUGUCAAGGCUUACACUUCUGCUUUCUUGACCACGAACGAGGACUUGCAUAAGAAUGAGAUUGACGAUUCCUUGAGUGGCACCACUGCAAUUACGGUGCUGGUCAUUGGGGACACCCUUUAUGUUGCUAAUGUCGGUGAUUCGAGAGCAGUGCUGGCUGUUAAGGAUGGGAACCGGGUUGUUGCUGAGGACUUGUCCACUGAUCAGACACCAUUUAGGAGAGAUGAGUAUGAGAGAGUGAAGCUUUGUGGGGCAAGGGUUUUGAGUGUUGAUCAGGUGGAAGGGCAUAAGGAUCCGGAUAUUCAGACUUGGGGUGAUGAAGAGAGUCAGGGUGAUGAUCCUCCUAGGUUGUGGGUUCAGAAUGGGACGGUGCCUGGAGCUGCAUUUACAAGGAGUGUAGGGGAUAUGUUGGCUGAGACUAUCGGUGUAAUUGCUGUUCCUGAGGUGUCAACGGUUCAGCUUACACCUAACCAUCUUUUCUUUGUUGUUGCAAGUGAUGGGGUAUUUGAGUUCCUAUCCAGCCAAACUGUUGUUGAUAUGGCAGCAAGUUAUUCAGAUCCCCGUGAUGCAUGUGCUGCCAUUGCUGGAGAGUCAUAUAAACUAUGGUUAGAACACGAUGGCCGAACUGAUGAUAUAACAAUUAUUAUCGUUCAGAUCAAAGGCCUGUCUAAUUCAGGUACAUCUGGACUUGGAUCAGGAGAGGUCAAUGUCAGCACUGUAACAAGGACCAAGAGCAAGAGGGUAAAGGGAGCAUCUGAAUUAUCUGCCACAACUGGGUUAGAUGUUUAUCGUUCGGUCAGGAAUGGCUUCUCUGAUUUACAGUCCUGUCCACAGCAUGUGGUCUCAACUAAAAGCCCAGCCAUAGUGGUCCCUUCUCCAGCUUGUCCAACAUCUGUUACAUAGUGAUUGGAGAGAGGCUUUAAGGAAGUUUAGUAUGUAUGCUUAUACUUUCUCCUUGAAGGUACAUUUCGCUGUCUACUCUUCGAUCUUCUGCAUUACAGCCAUAAACGUUGUUUAUUUGCCACUAUGGUUCAUUAAGCCAAAUUGCUGACCCAAUUUGUCAGGCUGCUGAAGGUUACUGAUUUGAGGUUCAUUAUCUUGGAAGCUGAAGGAUCCUUUUCAGAAUGUAGAAAGAACAAAUGAUUAAUAGUCAUUUUUUUCUGUUCUCAAUCUCUUACUAAUUCACUGUCAUAACCAUACAGAACCACUUCAGGAGUAACACUAAAACUUGUCCUCCUGAGUAGCUAGCUCUACGUCUCCACUCCCCAAAUUGAAACUUUGGAAAGAGGUCUAUAAAUAACUCGGGAGAAAGGAGUUUGGCUGGUGACUGAUUGACUACUAGGAUUUGCAUUACAUUGUAGUCAAUGGUCAACUUGGAAGACAAGCCAUGUGCUAUUUAAAAUGUAAAUCCAUUAUCCUCGUCCUCAUGCUGGAUCCUCUGUAUCUUUUACAAACAUCUGAAUUCUUUGUAUUGCUUUUGAAGAUUAGCUUCACAUCUUUACUGCAAAUUAGUGACUGACUCAAUGAAUGCUUGGGAUUACAAGUAAUUAACCCAUUUUAACACCUAAA